AUGAGCCUUUGCAACAACAUCGUGGAUCUCAUUGAGAACAAAAAGGAGGUCAUAAAGAAGGAAAAGAAGCAGAGGGCUCUGAGCUGCCGCUAUGGGAAGAGUGGCGUUGGGGGAAGCAUCGUGGGAGGAAGCGGCAUCAGGGGAAGCAGCGUGAGGGAGAAGGCCGCCCGAGGGGGCAGCGUGCAGAAUCACCCCGAUGCCCAAGUCACGCGUAACACGCUCGUAAAAAGCUUCCUCUCCGCACACAAACAGAUCAAGGAGAUACAGACACUCAAGGAUGUGUCCCUGCAAAUGGCAACGUACAUCUUCAAUGUUGAGAUGGAAAAAAUAGAGAUGAUAAAAAAGUGCGACCGAUGGAAAACCGUGCCAUAUGUAUAUCAAAAGACAGCGGACGAUCUUAUAGUCAGAAAAAGGGAGUACCUAAAAAAGUUACAAAAAUGGCAUGGGAAAAAUGGGAAGCAAGGGACACAGAGGGAGAGUUGCUCUCCUACAGCUGCCAUUAAAAACUGCAGGUCCAGAUCAGUCCAUCAUGAUAAGGUGAAGAUGAAGAACUCAGUCCGCUUCAACGAUCUUAUCCGUUCGUGCUCGCAGAGACAGGUGGGUAGCCGUGAAUUCGUGACAAAUUUUAAAGGCAAAACUGGAGGGUUGGCCGAGGAACAGGGCUGGACGCACCAGCGGAGGAGGAGCAGGAGCAGCAUCACGACGAAGCUGAACGGGGAGAACGCAACACAGAGUGAACUGAGCGGCGUAGUUAGCAGUGUUGGCGUUAGCAAGGCAGCCCAGUCAAGUGAAGAGACCAGUGCCAGGGGACGCAUCGUGAAUUACCUAGGCUGCUUCUACGAUGGCGCGCCUGCCGUUCGUGAUCCCCCUGAGAAUGACCCCCCCGAAGGUGACGGUUCCUCCGGGGCGAACUGCCUGUACUAUUACGAGCACGGGGAAGCAGGUGAAGCGGGGGAAGUGAGUGAAGCCAACAACGUUAAGCGUGACGAAGUGAAACCGACGUCCUACUCCACCCAGCAGAAUAAUCCGCUUCAGAGAAAGAAGUCAAAAAAAGCAAAAGGGACAGAUGAAGGGUAUCCAACGGAAGAAGGACUCCUGGAAAAGAAGAAAAAAGCGAACCAAUAUGGUUGCCUCUCCACACCCUACAGUCACAAUGGAGGAAGUAACACCAAAUCUUCCAGGACAAGUAACUUCCUCAGCAUAGGUAACCUCAUGCCACAAGUGUGGAGCAACAGGAGAGUGAUAAAACACGAAUGCUUCAAUUUAAAGAGACAGGUAUCCUGUGUGAAUUUGAAGAAGGCCAUUCCUAACUUCGAGCGACACACUGUCUCGUCAUUCAUCAAGAAUCUAAGUGCGCAGAGGUGUAUUCAUCAGGAGAGGUCCAGAGAGAGGGUCAGCAAAAGGGAGGGCACGACGCUCCACAGUGGGAAGAAGUCUCUACUGGGUUCGAAGCGAGAUAUUGAUGGUACAAAGAGGACGCUUUCCAAUGCGAAGCGAACUAUGUCCGAGGGAAACGCUCUGACCAGAUCGUCCAAAAGGGGACUGUUGGACAAACUGGAAAAAUUAAACAUCCUAAACGAGCUGAGGAAGAUGAAUAAGCUGAGUGAAUCGUGCCAAGGGAAUGUACCACGAGGAUGUCUACACGGAGGAGAACUCCACGGGGAAGACCAUCUCAGUGACCGCCUUCCCAGUGACCGCCUUCCCAGUGAUCACCUGCCCAGUGAGCGGCUCCACGGUGACGACGCCGCAUUCGAGGAACUCUGGGACGUCGUCAUGGACGAGAAAAUCUCCAUCUCGAAAAAGAGGGACUCAUCCAUCAAGAAAAAAUUUGGUCACUAUCAUAUUGAGCCCCUUAAUGAGAACUACUCCUGGGUGAAGAAUCUGAGAAAUUACAGCAAUUCGAUGAACAGAAUGAGGGAGAUCUCUUGGAAGGACAGCCUCAGGGGAGGUAGCCACAAGGUGGGAGGCUGUCACAAGGGGGGAGGCGGCCACAAGGGGGGCGGUUCGAGGAUAUCCUUCUCCAAACCCAUCAGCAGAUUAAACAGUAAAGCGGUCCCGAAGAAGAACAGGACAUCCGUCCGAAAGAGCGCCUCACGUGGGGAAAGAACCACUCACCUGAGAAGCAACAGUCAGAUGGAUAGGAUUAAUCAGUUGAGUAGCGUCGCCCCGUUGGUUAGACACCCGUCCCCAGCGCUCUCCGAGGACGACCAAACUAACGGAAGCGCUAGUAGCGACGAGGAUGAUUACGACCACCACGUGCACGUCAAAAGAGGCCUCUGCUGCACGGACUACCCGCCCCUCAAAGAAGGGACGAAGGAAGAGAGGAACCCUAACCCCCUGGAACACCGUAACACAAACAAGGAUCCCUCCCUAACGAAAGACACAACAAAUCGGUGCGAACCAGGGAAACACUUCCUACAAGCGGAAGAUAAAUCCCCAUUGGAAAAAAUGCCUAAACGGAAAAGUUACACACAGAUGAAUGAAAAAGUUAUGAACAAAUCAGAUAAAAAAGAACAAAUUUGGCAAACUUGUCAAACCUGGCAAACUUCGAAAACUUCGCAAACGAAAGAAUCUCCUCCUGCACGAGUCUACGAAAUCCUCAUUAACGUCCCAAAGAGAGACAAUGCUGUAGGGUACAUGGAGUCCCAGUUUUAUUGUGAAGAGGAACCGGUUGCCAAUUCGUGUGUCUCCCAGAGUUACAAAAGAGAGGAUGGCUCUGCCGCCCAUCAAAAUCACCUGACUUGUGCAGGUGAAAAGUGCAACGUUGUACAGAACGAAUGCAUCAAUUUGAAGCUGAAAAGGAGACACGUGUAUAGGAACAGCGGCGAAAAGGGCAGCGGCUACUGGAGCGAUAAGGGUAGCGACAAUGAUAAUCACAACGAAAAGGAUAACCUUAAUCAGAGCGAUAAUCAAAACGAUAAUCAGAACCAUAAUCAGAACGAUCAUCAGGACUACCUCUCCAACUGGAAGCAAUACGUGAGGGACAACAUACAGAGAGUGAGCGACUUUGCCAAGGAGAACAACUGCGCGGGGGUAUCUGAGCCCAGCUGCUUUGUUGCAAAGGAGCCAAGGAACCCGUCUGGUGGAUUCAAAGCUCCCGAUAUAAGCAACGUCAAUAUUGGAAUGUCCGAAGACUUUAACGCCAAGGCCAUUGUAGACACCGUCAGGAGUAAGAUCAUUUUCGCAGAUGGGGAGGACCAUCACAGGGAUUCUUCCCUUCUGAAGAAACCUUCCCAGGAGGGGGGGAGAGUCCUCUCCUGCGAUAGAAGUCGCAGCAUCUGUGAUAAAUUUAUGUUCAGUAGGGAGGCUUCCCCGUUAGAAGGGGCAAUGCUAAACGGGGACAACCCCACCCCAGUCAAGGGGAACACAACAGACGACGCACACACCAGAGAGAAUGCAUUCGGGAAGAUCUCCAGUGUAGCACUCUGCCCCCAGAAAGUGGACACACUAAAGAGUGACAGUCAGCACAGCGUCGAAAGUGCAUCCCUCAACACAGAUCCAGUCGGGGAGGUACUAGAUGCCUACUUAGGGGUGAUGAAGGCAAAUGAAUUUAUUCGCCAAUCCAUCUUAAAGAAAGAUGAAAGCAAAGGUGCAGCUACCCUUGUGGAGAAGGGCCAAACAGUGCCUUACUCAGAUGUGAAAUCACCCCCGAUUGAUAGUCCAGAAGACAAAGUAGACGUUUCCCAUCAAGCCGAUUACAACGAAAUGAAUAGGAGACCCACCACAUAUAGCUUCCCAGUCGCCACGAACGAUACAGAAGAGGUGAAGAAACCGGGAAAGGAUAAAAACGACAUGGUGAUGAUGAUGCCAUCUUUGGUGGAAUCCAAUCAGGACAAUUACGUAAUGAUCAAAAAUGUGAUACCUAUCCCAAAACUGAAGUUAGACAAGAUCCAACAGAGCAAAAAUUUCAACUCCUACGAAAUAGGCUAUGUGAAGGAAUCACAGGGUGGGUUCGCAGUUUCCCAUCGUGAGGGUAACCCUUCCGAUGUAGAUCCAAGAGGGAAAGCGAACAUGCCGAAUGUGACAUGCUUCAAUAGGAACCUGUUUGGAGUGACCAAUCCGACGUGCUUCCCCAUCAUCACCUGCAACAACAUUGCAAUUAAGGGUUCGAUGGACCCCUUCCUUAGCAAAAUGAAUUGCUUGGGUGGCACUGAUCCGAAUGAAUCCCCAAAGCAAGACAAUGAAGUGGGUGCAGAUAAAGACCUACUUCAUCUGGAGAGUAAGUACGCACGAACCCCUGGCGGAGUGCCUCCAAUAGGUCCGAAGAAACAGGUUCAUCUGCCUGACGAGCCAUCACAGCAGAACAGCAGAAUGCCUAGCAGGUCCACUACCAUUCACUGUGAUGAGAACAACUCGAAUGGAGAAAAUGGGUUCACUAGACUAAGGACGAAUAUUACCGAUACAACGAACUUCCCUUCCAACAAGACCAAUUUUAUGAUGGGCGAUCUUCCCCUAAACUCGAGGAAACCACCUGAUGAGUGGGACCAUCUCCCUCACAAAGAAGUUAAAAAAGAAGAGGGUGGUGCUCCUGACCAGAGUGAGAACAUAUCCCUUCAGCGUGCCUCUUCCGCGACCUCAAGAGUGUCUGCUUCUACGCUGCCUAUAAAUAAGGGGUUCACUAAGGAGUACCAAGACUUCCGACGUGACAGCAGCAUCCCCCCUGGUGCUGUCUCGAAGCCGAACUUGAAUUGCAUGCAGCGAGGACAGUCCCUAGCUGAUCUUCUCUGCGGUGACGUCUCGCUAGGGCUACCCUCCGGCAGGUGUGUAAGCGGGUGUGUAGACGUGUGCGGAUAUGCGGCCCCUGGGGGGCCAGCGAAAGGGUUCCCCGGAGGAGGGGUCACGAGGGAGGUACUCUCUACCCAGGAACCUCUCAAUGACCCCCUCAACAGGGAAGCAAACAAGAGGGGAGCAAACAAUAAGCAAGAAAAAAAGGAACCACUCACCAAUGAAUCACCCCUCCACAAGGAAAUCCCGAAGAACGAAGCACCCCCCGAUGAACCCCUCACCAAUGAAGCACAGAAGAAGGAAUCACCCCUCAACAAGGAGCCACCCGCCAGAAAGUCCUACACCAGCAUGAUUCUGGGCUUUUUUGGAAUAAAAACAGCAAACGAAAAGAGCAAAGAAGAUCGAGGUGGAGAAAACAAGAUGGAAGGAUCGAACAAAAAGAUAGCGACAUGCUCCAAAAAGGUCUCAAACAAUGUGAUAAGUAGUCAGGUGCCCAUUUUCUUCAGGAAGAGUUACCAAAACACACGUGCAAGCGAUUGCUACGUGAAGAACCUUCAAUGUGGAAGCGUCUCCCUGGGAAGAUCCAACGGCUGUGUCUUUCCCUCCAUGACCGGCUUUGUGAAGAAUGAACAGAGAAAGACUACCACCAUAGGUAGCGCACCGAAGGAAGCAAACGGACCAAAUCAAGCAAACGCCCCAAAUCAAGCAAAUGCACCAAAUCAAUCAAAUGCACCAAAUCAAACAAACGGACCAAAUCAAGCAAACGGUCCAAAUCAAACAAACGCACUUCUUACAGAUGGGUCCUGUUUGGACAUGUCUCUCAUCAGUAGAAGGAGCUUCUCCACCCACUGCCCUAACAUGGACGUCCUGGAAAACGGGGGAAGCAUGUGCAAUAUUGGGUUCAUUCCGAGGGGUGCUAAACAGGUGAAUGGAUAUUACCUCACGCGCAAUGGAGUCAUGUGCAGUAGGGUCGCGGAUCUGCACGUGAAGCCCAUGAGAUACGGGAGCCAUUUGAGGGGCGGACCAAACUGGCAAAAUGGGCGAGACGGACCAAACAGGCCAAAUGAACCAAACGGGCAAAAUGGACGAAAUGAACGAAGCGAACGAGACAGCUUCGACCGUGGUAGUGGAGGAGGAAGACGAGAUGGAAGAGAUGGGCGUGAUGGACCACUCCCCCCGAAGUUCGACACCAGCGGAGACGCACCGGGGGGAAGCGCUGCGAAAGGAUGCAUAGAGGUGCACGUCGCAAAGAGGAAUCUUCCACUCGUAAUGGGAAACUCUCUGGCGCCGCUUCCAAGUAGGAGGGACGAAGUGGCCAAUCCAGGGAAGAAGGACCUUCCCCCGCAAGUGGCUAGCUACGUGACUGGCCAAGCUAACAGAUUUGUGAGCGAGAUGGAAGAUGAAGAUGUGGUGCUACGAAGGAUUGCCUCGCGAUGUAGCAGUCGGAGUGCCCCUAAAUGGGGAGUUCCCUACGCUAGAGGCAAUGCCAGCGGUGGAGACGAUCUCAUCCGUGGAGGCGAUCUCAUCGGUAGAGCCAAUCUCAACAACAGUAAGAUCACACCAAGUGCCUCCAUCCAAAGGUACCAGAGCGAAAAGUAUGAGACCAGGAGAACAAACGGAAGUCACUCCGAUAAAUAUGCAACGGACAUGUCACAGGGGAAGCCCCUCGAGGUAUCCUCCAAAGUUAAGACUCCAGAAAAUCCUCCUCAUGUGGACAUAACGAACCAGCAACCCUUUCUAGUGAACGGAAUCACUACUCAAACUCAAGGAAGGAUUGGGACACUUCCUCCUAUGAUAACCCAGUUGGAAAAGAAAGAAACACGACUCCCUUUUGUUCCUGCACCCAGUGCGGUGCAAUAUAAUCGGGCCGUUCUCAUAACUCAACCAAGGACAACGACAAAUGAUCUCAUGACCCCAAGUGAGAAGUACGAAAAGAACCUGGGAAACACACACUGGGAUGGGAGACCCUUACCGAUGCGUAACGCACCCGCAGAUCUGAGUGGAACAUCUGAGUAUGUCCGCACGAAUAGGUUUUCAGCUUCGUUCGGAGAAACCAACCAAGAAAUUAAGAAGAAAGGGGGAAGCAUGCUGCAGCCAAGGGAGGUGCUUCCAGGGGGGGCUAAACAGGUGCAGGGGGAGGGAGAGGAAAGUGGAGUAGACGAAGAGGAGGCAGUGGAGGAUGAUGAAGAGGCGGAGGAGGAGGACGAAGAGGAAAGUGGUGUAGACGAAGAGGAAAGUGGUGUAGACGAAGAGGAAAGUGACGUAGACGAAGAGGAAAGUGACGUAGGCGAAGAGGAAAGGGACGUAGACGAAGAGGAAAGUGACGUAGACGAAGAGGAAAGUGACGUAGACGAAGAAGAGGAAGAAGACGAAGUGGAAAGUGGAGUAGACGUGGAGGAUGAAGAAGAAGAGAUUGAAGACGAAGUGGAAAGUGGAGUGGAGGUGGAGGAAGAGGACGAAGAAGAGGACGAAAGUGCCGAAGGGGAAGAGGAGACGGAAGAGGAGCAAAAACAAGUGGACGAAGAGGAAAGUGAAGUCAACGAAGAAGAAAGUGAAGUCAACGAAGAGGAAAGUGAAGUCAACGAAGAAGAAAGUGAAGUCAACGAAGAAGAAAGUGAAGUGGAGGAUGAAGAAGUGGAUGAGGAAGAUGAGGAUGCAGAUUUGGACGAGAAAGUGGAAGAAGAGGAUGAAGAAGUGGAUGAGGAAGAUGAAGAUGCAGAGGGGGACCAGGAAGUGGAACAAGAGGAAGAGGAGGUGGAGGAUGAAGAAAUGGAUGAGGAAGAUGAAGAUGCAGAGGUGGACCAGGAAGUGGAACAAGAGGAAGAGGAGGUGGAGGAUGAAGAAGAGGAGGAGGAAGAAGAGGAGGAGGAAGAAGAUGAGGAGGAAAAAGAUGAGGAUGAAGAGGUGGAUGAGGAAGAAGAGGAGGAGGAAAAAGAGGAGGAGGAAAAAGAGGAGGAGGAAAAAGAUGAGGAGGAAAAAGAUGAGGAUGAAGAGGUGGAUGAGGAAGAAGCGGAGGAGGAAGUGGAGGAAGAAGAGGUGGAGGAAGAGGAAAGUGGAAGUGCAGAGGAGGCUAUUGAAGAAGAAGAAGAAGAAGGAGAGGAAAGUGACGUCGAGGAAGAAGAAGAAGAAGUUGACAGUGCGAAGGAGGCAGAAGAAAACGAGGAAGUUGACAGCGACGAAGCUGACCACGCUGGUGACGCCGACGACGAGGCGGACGCGGAGGAACCCUUCCGUGAGUACCAGAAUGUUCCAAGGCAAAACAAGUCAGGGAAAAACACAUCAGAGCAAAGCGUCUUCCUUCGCAAAGACACCAACUGUGUGGAAGACAACGGGGGAGACGCCAACAACUACCUGCACGGAAGUGCUCACACGAUAAACUCAGAUGCGAUGCGAAGGGAAAGCAACGAAUCGCACACGUUACCGGAGGAGGAAACCUUCACAUUGUCACCAAGUCAUUCCGAUGGUGAAACGGAAGAAGGACGUGUCUUAUGUGCAUAUAUGUCUAGAAAGAAUCUAAACUCUGAAAUAUCUCCACGUGACAACAUGGUACGAAGUGGCGUCAGUGGUUGCACAAGCGAAGAGCAUAGAGGAGCGCACCACACAAAUGCGGGGGAGAGCCACCUCCAUCCCGGUGCAGGUUUCCCUAAAGAACAGAAGAAGGACAACGCAUGUGAUGCCUACGGGUCAUAUAAAUACCUAGACGAAAUUGCCAAACAAAUGGAACUAGAAAAAAAAGGCAACGAAGAGCUGAAGAAGAAGCUGCAGGAGCAGAUACUCAUACAAAGGAGCCUCGUCCGAAUAAAGGAACAGCAGAAGGUGUACCUGGAACUCCUCAAGAAGAACGAGGCUCAAAAUGGAAAAGGGAAGGCCCCAGUCCCGCAGUUCGGGCUUCAGUGA